CGCAGAAAUGCAAACUGCAAAAAAACAGCAACAACAAAAAAUCUAAAUGCUUCACCAAGUUCCUAAAAGAAUCGUAGAAACCCAACCCACACUCUCAAAAAUCCUACAAAACCUCUUAACUAAACCCAAUUUCAGCAAUCAAGAACAAAACCCCACUUCAAAUCACUCAUCUUCUCAACAAUCCUCGCCCAAUGAAGCAGUGAACAGCUUAGCUUUUCAAGAAAAAUAUAGAUACAUUUGUAACCUUCUUCUAUCUCAAACCCAAUCAAGAUCACUUCUAAAUGGCCUUCAACUCCAUACCCAUAUCAUUAAAUCAGGUUUUCAAGCAAUCCCACUUGUCUCCCACUAUCUUAUCAACUUUUACUCAAAGACCCAGUUGCCAAUUUUGUCCCUUCAAGUUUUUGAAGAGACCCAUUUGAAAUCAUCCACUACUUGGAGCUCUGUUAUAUCGUCUUUGACUCAGAAUGAGCUUCCUGAACUUGCCAUUCAGUACUUUCGUCGAAUGCUUUGUGAGCAUGUAAGGCCUGACGAUCGAAUUUUCCCUAGUGCUACUAAGGCUUGCGCCUUUUUAGGGAGGUAUGAUGUUGGGAAAUCGUUACAUGGUUUUGUGGUUAAAACUGGGUUUGAUUUUGAUAUGUUUGUUGGGAGUUCUUUGGUUGAUAUGUAUGCGAAGUGCGGGGAAUUAGGGGAUGCGAGGAAGAUGUUCGAUGAAAUGCCCGAGAGAAAUGUGGUUUCUUGGAGUGGGUUGAUUUAUGGGUAUGCUCAAGUGGGGGAAGAUGAGGAGGCGUUGAGGCUGUUUAAAGAGGCUUUGUUUGAGGAUUUGGAAGUGAAUGAUUUUACUUAUUCUAGUGCUCUUAGAGUUUGUGGUAAUUCUACAUUCCUUGAAUUGGGUAGGCAGAUACAUGGUUUGUGUUUGAAAUCGAGUUAUGAUUCGUCGAGUUUUGUUGGUAGUUCUUUGGUUUCUUUGUAUUCGAGAUGCGGUGUUGUGGAAGCGGCUUUUAAGGUCUUUGAUGAGGUGCCUGUUAAGAAUCUUGGUAUGUGGAAUUCUUUGUUGAUUGCUUGUGCUCAACAUGCACAUACAGAGAGAGCGUUUGAUCUGUUUGAAGAGAUGAAAAAUGUCGGGAUGAAGCCCAAUUUUAUUACCUUUUUAUGUUUGCUGUAUGCUUGUAGUCAUGCAGGACUAAUCGAGAAAGGACAGAGUUAUUUUGAGCUUAUGAAGGUAUAUGAUAUUGAACCAGGGGCUCAACAUUAUGCUACCUUGGUGGACUUGCUUGGUCGUGCCGGAAAAUUACAGAAAGCACUUGAAAUCAUUGACGCAAUGCCAAUAAAGCCAACGGAAUCCGUUUGGGGAGCUUUUCUAACAGGGUGCCAUCUUCACAAGGACACCGAGCUGGCAGCCUUUGCAGCUGAUAAAGUUUUCGAGUUAGGUCCGGUGAGCUCAGGUAUGAAUGUGCUAUUAGCCAACGCUUAUGCAGCAGCUGGGAGAUAUGAAGAUGCAGCUAAUGCUAGAAAAAUGCUUAGGGACAGAGGCGUAAAAAAGGAGACGGGAUUGAGUUGGAUCGAGGAAGGUAACAGAGUUCACAGGUUUACAGCAGGCGAAAGGCGUCACGAGAAAACCAAAGAAAUUUAUCAGAAAUUGGAGGAAUUGGAAGAGCAAAUGGAGAAAGCCGGUUAUGUUGCAGACACGAGUUUCGUGCUGCGAAAAGUUGAUGGUGAAGAAAAAAGACAGACCAUUAGGUAUCACAGUGAAAGGCUAGCCAUUGCAUUUGGAUUUAUUGCUUUACCUCCAAAUAGGCCUAUUAGAGUUAUGAAGAAUUUGCGUAUAUGUGGAGAUUGCCAUACUGCAAUCAAAUUUAUGUCACAAUGCUCUGGGAGAGUAAUAAUUGUUAGGGAUAAUAACAGGUUUCAUCGGUUUGAACAUGGAAAAUGCUCAUGUGGUGAUUAUUGUGCACUCUUCUGGGGUUUCAUUAACCAAGGGAGAUUUCUUGGAAAUAUUGGUUCUUCAAUCUUGAUUCUUAAUGGAUUCUUUCUACUUUCAUUUUCUUUAUCUUGUUGGAAUUUAUUCCAUGUAUUUUUUUUAAUAUUGAUGGCCAUAGAUGCUUUUGUUAAUUUGUGGAAGAAUUUUGCUAAUAUGCCUCUUUUUAUGUUCUUCAAAGACACAAGGAACGUGUUCAGGAAGGAUGAAUUAGGGAUAGAAAUAGCACAAAUUGCAGUUCCUGCAGCGCUUGCUUUAGCAGCAGAUCCUGUUGCUUCUCUGAUCGACACAGCAUUCAUCGGCCAUAUAGGACCCGUGGAGCUUGCUGCUGUGGGUGUUGCGAUUGCUAUUUUCAAUCAAGUAUCAAAAAUUGCAAUAUUCCCACUUGUAAGUGUUACAACUUCUUUUGUUGCCGAAGAAGAUACUACCGGAAAGUUAAGCACAGAUGAAAAUGCAUCACUUGAAGAUGGUUCUGUCGCUACGGAAAUGGAAGAGCUAUUACCGAAAGCUGAGUCCACAAACAAAUCAUCCCCGGUAAGCAGUACUUUCAACAAAGGGGAUUCUGUAAGAAGGCAUAUACCAUCUGCUUCUUCAGCAUUGAUUGUUGGUUGUGUGCUUGGCAUAAUCCAAGCUUUAUUGCUCAUUUUUGCUGCUAAACCCAUCUUGAGCUACAUGGGUAUAUAUUCUGAUUCCCCCAUGUUAAUACCAGCACAACAAUACUUGGUAUUGAGAUCGCUAGGUGCUCCUGCUGUUCUUCUUUCUUUAGCCAUGCAAGGGGUUUUUCGAGGAAUUAAAGACACAAAAACUCCAUUGUAUGCAACUGUUGUGGGAGACUUAGCAAACAUUGUAUUAGACCCAAUUUUUAUAUUCUUAUUCCGGCUUGGCGUCAGUGGUGCAGCCAUUGCUCAUGUUAUUUCUCAGUACUUGAUCUCAUUGAUAUUGCUGUUGAAGUUACUUGAACAUGUUGACCUACUGCCUCCGAGCAUUAAAGAUCUACAAUUUAGUCGAUUUCUUAAAAAUGGAUUUUUGCUGUUGAUGAGGGUAAUUGCUGCAACAUUCUGUGUCACCCUGGCAACAUCACUUGCUGCAAGACAUGGAUCUACUACAAUGGCUGCAUUUCAAGUUUGCUUGCAGAUGGGCAUGUCAACUUCUUUGCUUGCAGAUGGGCUGGCUGUUGCUGGACAAGCAAUCCUUGCUAGUGCAUUUGCAAAAAAUGACUAUGAAAAGGCUAAAGCCACAGCUACUCGCGUAUUGCAGUUAGGUUUGGUCCUUGGGCUACUGCUUUCAAUUAUCAUUUUAGUAGGAUUACAGUUUGCUUCAGCAUUUUUUACAGAAGACGUCAAUGUGCUGAACCUUAUCAGUGUGGGCAUACCGUUUGUUACAGCAACUCAACCCAUUAAUGUGUUAGCCUUCGUCUUUGACGGAAUUAACUAUGGGGCAUCCGACUUUGCAUAUUCUGCAUACUCAAUGGUUUUGGUGGCAAUAGCAAGCAUUGCAUGCUUAUUUACACUAUCUUCACAUUAUGGCUUUGUUGGCAUCUGGGUUGCAUUAACCAUUUUUAUGGCUUUACGUGCAUUCGCUGGCUUUUUGAGGAUAGGAACUGGAAUGGGACCGUGGACGUUUCUUAAGAACUAAGCUAACUUCCUCCUUGUUUUUUUCAUCCAUAUGAUUUGACAUGAUAUUUACUUGCAUAUCAAAGAGGCUUUAAUUGUAGAAGCAAUGACUGCACAUCGCUUAUGCAGUUCGAGUCCCAAAAGGUACAUAAUACAAAAUGUUAUGCAGCCCGGCAUCAUCAAUGAGUCUGGGCUCGUUUCUACACGAUUAGAGAAAUUACAAAUUUUAUACAUCCGACCUCAUGCAUUAUGCGAUGCAAUCGAGCACUCCAUUGUUGACUAUUAAGCCAGUGGUUACCCCUACAUGUAUUUGAUCCUCACUAGCUAAUACUAUGUAAAUAUUGAACUUCUUUACAAACUUUGUUCCAUCUGAGAAAAGCUGCAUUUGACAGCAAAAUAGCUAUAGAAAUUAUUUAAAAUUGUAAACUGAGUGCAUAAUAUAUGUAUACAAGGAGUUACUGUGUUACCACUGUAA